CGAUUCGUCGCUGUUUCACUCGAGCUUCCAUUGUUCCCAAAAUUCGCUGUCAUUUUCGUUCAAAAUUAUAGAUCAAGUAUCGUCCUAGAACCCACACACAUAACUACCCACACAACCUUUUGAAAAUUCCAAUUGACCGUGUCAAAAUUCGAAGUGGAACGUUGAACAAAAUUCGUGUGACAAGAUUUCAUCCGAAUUCAGCGUACAAUGAACGGAUUCAAGACUUUGGUAUUGCAAGAUCUCACUCAUGUCUUGCCAUCGAAGAGCCUCCCGAUAUCAGCCAAGCUGCCGCCCUGCAAUCUGCACACCGCGGCCGGGUCGCGUCGAUUCUGGAACUUCUUCGAAUUCGCCAGCAAGGACGAAAUUCCGACCUCCGAGCAAUGCCACGCCAAGGACAUGAUCCCUCCCGAGCAGAUAUCAUGCGACCUGGACGAAAUCUCGAAGACCGCGCCAACGAUUCCAACGGUAACAGCGAUGACUUCGACGUCCAUAAACCCUAGAUCGCGCGGACGCCAGCAAAAGCUUCGGGAAUCGCUCCCAAAUUGCUNUUCAUGGCAGUUUUCCCUAAAAAUCUGA